AUCAUCCCAGUCCGGUGUUUCUCUUGCGGAAAGGUCAUAGGAGACAAAUGGAACAGCUACCUCGAGAUGCUGUCCAGAGACAUCAGUGAAGGCGAUGCGUUGGACCAGCUGGAAUUAAAGCGAUACUGUUGCCGUCGCAUGGUCCUCACGCACGUUGACCUCAUCGAAAAGCUGUUGCACUACAAUCGUAAGUAA